GGGAGGAAGCUGAAUUGGUAGAAUGCCUACUGAGCAUGCACAAAUAUCUGAGCACCACAUAACAUCCAGCUUGACCGUGCACGUCUGUUAUUCCAGCAAUCUAAAGGAGACUAGAGGAUGAAGACUUCAAAGCCAUCCUUGACAUCCCAGCGAGUUCUACGUGAGAACCUUUCUCAAAAACCAAACUUCUGGGUGAAUGAACGAAUACACUGGCUGUUCCUCUAAAGACCAAAAGUGUCCCUCCCUCCCCGGCUCCGCGUUUCCGUCCGUGCCACCCUCACCGUCCGCGGCCAUGGCUCCCUAUGCCUCGGUGAAGAGCCGCCCACGGUCCGAGGUGCAGUCGACUUCCGGCGCUGACAAGUGACGUAAACGUAAACCCGGCGGCGACGGAAAUGAUGCGUGAGAAGCUCGACACGCUGUCAGGCGGUGCUUUGCUGCUGGCGGGGUUGUGGUCCGCGUCGCGAGGAAGCCAUGGAGGACGGUGAGUUAAUCAAGUACUUUAAGUCCCAGAUGAAAGGAGACCCUAACAUGGCCUCGGCGGUGGCUGCCAUCCAGACCUUGCUGGAAUUCUUGAAGAGAGAUAAAGGAGAGACAAUCCAGGGCCUGAGAGCCCAUCUCACCAAAGCCAUCGAAACCCUCUGCGCUGUGGACUCCUCGGUGGCCGUGUCCUCGGGCGGGGAACUCUUCCUUCGCUUCAUCAGCCUCACCUCCCUGGAGUACUCCGACUACUCCAAAUGUAAAAAGAUCAUGAUCGAGAGAGGAGAGCUUUUCCUGAGCAGAAUAUCCCUGUCAAGAACUAAGAUCGCCAGUCUAUGCCAUGCUUUUAUCAAAGACGGGGCGAGAAUCUUGACUCACGCCUACUCCAGAGUUGUCCUGAGGGUCCUGGAAGAAGCCGUGGCAGCCAAGAAACGUUUCAGUGUGUAUAUCACGGAGUCACAGCCUGAUUUAUCUGGGCAAAAAAUGGCCAAAGCCCUCUGCCACCUCAAUGUCCCUGUCACUGUGGUGCUGGACGCUGCUGUUGGCUAUAUCAUGGAGAAAGUAGACCUUGUCAUCGUUGGUGCUGAAGGAGUGGUAGAGAAUGGAGGAAUUAUUAACAAGAUCGGAACCAACCAGAUGGCCGUGUGUGCCAAAGCCCAGAACAAGCCCUUCUAUGUGGUUGCAGAAAGUUUCAAGUUUGUACGGCUCUUUCCACUCAACCAGCAAGAUGUCCCAGAUAAGUUUAAGUACAAGGCAGACACCCUGAAGUCUGUGCAGGCUGGACAGGACCUCAAAGAGGAACACCCAUGGGUCGACUACACCUCCCCAUCCCUCAUCACACUGCUGUUUACGGACUUAGGUGUGUUGACACCAUCCGCUGUAAGCGACGAGCUCAUCAAGCUGUACCUGUGAGCAGUGCCCCUCCUGCCAACAUGCAGGGAGCACAUCUUGUGCAGGGUGAGCAGCCUUUCCACUCCAGCCAGCCAGGGGCCAACAAUGGGACUUUCAGACCUGUAUGCCAAGGGCUCAUUUCAGAGGCCCUGAAGAAUCCUUUUACUCUUGCUGUCACAUCUGAAGCCUGGUCCCAGUUCUAGAAGCAAGGUGAAGCAACCUUGUGGUUUUUAGAGACUCAGUCUCCGGAAGAACAAGUUAAUUACAGACUGCAAAGCUGAGGAGAGAUGGCACAGGAGCAGGGACCCCCCAGCCGUGCUGCAUCACUGAGAGAUGCGGUGACAUUGGCUGAGUACACACCUUCAGUGCCUCACAAGACAGCAGACACUGUAGCUGACGGCAUCUGGCUCCAUGCCCUCAGCAGGAUCCAGCCAGAUAGAAAAAACACCAAUGCAGGAGCCAUUCACAUGGCACUGUCACAGAAUGUUGUCUGUAAAAGAUGCGAGUUUACUCUAAACAUGUUUAAAACCUGAA